CUUUUUAUAUCUUUAAAUUUUUUCCUGUUGCCGUUUUGUUUCGAAAAAAAUAAAAAAAGAGGAACUGUGGAGUCGGAAAGAACUAAAUAAGUGAUCGUUGGAGUUAUUGUCACCGCCAUUGUUCUUUAUCUCAUUCCCAUUUCCAUGGAGCCUCUCAGAAGCUACAUCACUCAAAAAAUCGUCGAGGCCGCUCAACAUUUGACACCGAUUUUGAAAGCAUCCAAGUUUAAAGAGACUGGAGUCAUCACCCCCGAUGAGUUUGUGGCUGCGGGGGAUCACCUGGUUCAUCACUGCCCUACAUGGCAGUGGGCUAAGGGAGAUAGUUCAAAGAUCAAAACGUUUCUACCACCUGAUAAACAGUUUAUCAUGACCAAAAAUGUGCCAUGUUACAAGAGGGUCAAACAAAUGGAUAGCCACACAGCAGACCAGGAAAAAAUCAUCGAAGAAGAUGCCGAUGGUGGAUGGGUCGAUACGCAUCACUACUCCAGCACCAAUCAAGUCACAGAAGCAGUCAGUGAAUUAAAAAUUAAAAAAGAGCCCACACUUGACAAAGUUCAACUGGACAACAGACCACUAAUAGGAAAGAUGUCUAAAAAUGGAGAUGAUGUUAGUGACGAAGAAGAAGAAGAGGACGACGACGACGAUGAGGAGCCUGUUAACAUGGCUAUGUUUAUCAGGAGUGGAAAACUGGCAGAAGUCGUUAAAGACAAUAAUACAACAGCAGCUGCUACAAAACAGCAGCAACAACAACAGAUGCUGCCAACAGCUGUAGUCGAAGCACAGCCAUCAAACAUCUUGCAGACACGUACGUAUGACCUGUACAUCACUUACGAUACCUACUACCAGACACCAAGGAUGUGGCUCUCUGGUUACAACGAGCUCCGACGCCCACUGACAGUUGAAGAGAUGUACGAGGACAUAAGCCAAGACCACGCCCACAAAACGGUCACCAUGGAAACCCACCCACACAUUGCGACGUCACCAAUGGCAUCGGUACAUCCCUGCAGACACGCUGAAGUCAUGAAAAGAAUCAUAGAGACAGUUGCCGAGGGAGGCUGCGAGUUAGGAGUACACUUGUACCUGAUGAUAUUUUUGAAGUUCGUACAGACUGUCAUGCCGACCAUUGAAUACGAUUUCACCCACAAUUUUGUACUUGAAAAACAAUGAAAUUAUUUUACUUGAUUAUGUUACUAACAAGUACUACUAACUGUACUUAUUAACGAUGAUCAGAUUAUUAAUGUUUCUUAUUUAGUAUUAUUCUACAAUUAAUAAUGGUAGAUCGCUUUAAAUUGUUCGGAUGGGUCGGCUGGUUCUUUGAUUUCAAAAUUUUUACUUUGUUGUUUAUGUGAUAGCUUUUGUGAUUUGAUGUUUUUAAUUUCCCGACAAUUUUUUUUCUGAGUACCGUUUGAUUGAUCAUGCUGACAAAUGUAAUAAUAAUAAUAAUUU